AUGACCAAUUUGGAGAAACAACACGAAUUGGUUAAGAACAGUUUGGUGCAAUUUGUCAGUGCCCAUAUACCGGGUGCUGAUUUCAGUGUGGUCGAUGAAAUUGUCCUGUCGUAUAUAAUUUCCAUUUUGGAGGAAGCCUCCCAGGAUCCGUGCUUUGAUGUAGAGGGUUUUGUGGAAAUGAUGAGCGCCUAUUUUGCCGAAUUUUCUUCGAUUGAUCAGGGCAUCAUAUGCGAUUGGAUAUACAAGUUGGCCAAUGAACUAUUGGAACUACAGAAAAAUCCUGAUAAACAUUCGGCAGCAAAUUUAUCCCUAAAUUCACUUUCCCUUUCGGAUAUAAUACCCGAAUCCAAGUUGAGAGCACGCAAUUCAUCAUCUUCGUCGGAAAAGGACGAAUAUCCGGAAAGCGAUGAAUAUGUAUCCGGUAAUAAUGGUUAUGACAUUAAUGCCAUCUACAGUCAGGAAAUAAAAAUUUUGGAAGAAAUGUUUCCCGAUACACCAUUGAUUGAGAUUAAAUAUUGUAUUACCAUUGCAAAUGGUGACAUUGAUGGGGCAACACAAACUAUAUUACAUCGCCAGGAUACGGGCCAAAGUCUAACCGAUAAAAGUCAUACAGUUGGCCGUAAGAAUGUUGUUGCCGAUGAUACGGAAUUAAAGAAUCGUAUUAUUGCCAGAUAUUCCUAUGUGGAUAAAGACUCAGCCAAACGUGAAUACAAACCAAUGGCACCCAAGGUGGAACCGAAAAAACUGGUACGUUAUAGAGAUAAUAAAAUCGUUUCACUAAAAGGCGAACGUUAUACUGAGGUUAAACGCGACGAAGAAGCUGAGUUAAAAAAACCCAAAAAGCCAAUUCAGCCGUAACUAAAGUGGAUGAAAAUCUAUUACAAAUAUUUUAUAAGAAAGCUGAAAAUCGACAGCU